GAAAUAGAUUACAGGCGAGAACAUGAACAAAUAAAAACAAUCCAUUUUGUCUCAUGAAAUUUCCACAAUCUGGAAUCCAUAGAGACCAAUUUUUUUGUCGCCCGCAAAAUCAGCAUUUCUCUUGCUUCCGGAGGCAUCGUUUCAAAAGAAAACAAGAAGCUUUAGUUCCAAGCUAAGAUGGCGGCGGUGGUAGAAUCGAAGAAUUCUGUCAUCCCCUCUCUCGAUUCAAGUGGGAACGAUUCCUCUGUUUAUGAAUGGUCAAGUUUGAAAACCAACGGUGAGUAUCUGUUUACUGCAACGGAAGAGCCUUGCAUUUCUUGUACAACUUUUAACAUUUUGGCUCCUAUUUACAAGCGCCUCGAUCAACAGAAUGACAGCCUUCGUGAAAGCGACAUCAAAGAAUUCUGGUUCAACAGAAACCAGACGAUUUUGGAUUGGCUGCUUUAUGAAAGAUCUUCCAUUAUAUGUCUUCAGGAGCUUUGGGUUGAAAACGAAGAACUCGUGCGUAUGUACCAGGAGAGACUUGGUGAUGCAGGCUACAUCACUUUCGAGCUUGCACGAACCAAUAAUCGUGGGGACGGGCUUUUAACAGCUUUACAUCAGAACUUCUUCAAGGUUCUAAACUAUCGAGAGUUGCUCUUUAAUGACUUUGGAGAUCGAGUGGCUCAACUAUUACAUGUUCAAUCUGUUGUUCCCUUCUUAUCAAACCAAAAUGGUGACCAACAAGAAAUUCUAAUUGUAAAUACCCAUUUGUUAUUUCCUCAUGAUUCCAGUCUAUCUAUUGUAAGAUUGCAUCAGGUAUAUAAAAUAUUGCAAUAUCUAGAAGUGUAUCAGACAGAAAACAAGCUUAACCACAUACCCAUUAUACUAAGUGGUGACUGGAAUGGGAGCAAACGAGGGCGUGUUUACAAAUUUCUUAGGUCCCAGGGAUUUGUAUCAUCUUAUGAUAUUGCUCAUCAAUAUACUGAUGGUGAUGCAGAUGCUCACAAGUGGGUAAGCCAUCGAAAUCAUCGGGGGAACAUCUGCGGAGUUGAUUUUAUUUGGCUUCAUAAUCCUGAUAAUAAAUCAAGAAAACCAUUGAAGACUAGUUGGGCUGAAGCAGUUUUCAGUAUUAUAAAGAGUCAGCUUCAAAAAGCUUCCUUGGCUGAAAAUGAUGCACUUGCCUCAUUGAAGGCAGACGACAAUGGUGAUGUUAUUAGUUAUUCAGCUUUCUGCGAAGCCCUCCACCAGCAGGCAAAUUUAAAUGUACAACCUUAUAGACUGAGUUUCCAAGAAGCAGAUGAUCUAUGGAAACUAGCAGAUGUUGAUGGAAAUGGUGUUGUUAAUCAUGAAGAAUUGAAGAUGUGGAAUUCAACUUGUUCAGAGCAAAUAGAGGAUAGUUUCAAUGACAAUAUGGAGACGUCCGAAGAUUGCAGAGAACAAGAAGUAGUUGGCUUCAGAGUAAAGAAUGCAUGUCUCUUCCCUCCUGAAGUUGAGAAAGGAUUCUGGCCGGAGAACUACUCUCUUUCUGACCAUGCCCGGCUCAGCGUUGUAUUUUCACCAGUGUCGUUGCAAGUUUCUUAAUGGUUUUUUACUGAAGAUUUAGGCAUAUUUGUAAAUAAAACCAUUCUAGAGAAAGAAUUAGAAUUUUGUAAAAGCUUUGAAAAUGAGGUACAGACAGCCCAUGGAAAAUCUUCUUUUGGGUUGCUUGUUUGUUUCUGGAAAUCCUCAUUUGUGCAGAAAAAAAGUUGUGCAACCAAAAUAGAAAACACUUGUUCAAGAGAA